UUCUGCACCUCAAAAUGCCGCAAAAACUUCCAACACAAGAGGAAUCCCCGCAAGGCCAGAUGGACUAAGUCAUUCAGAAAACUUAAUGGGAAAGAACUCACAAGUGAUGCCACAUUUGAAUUUGAGCGGAGACGCAAUAUUCCUAUUAAAUAUAACAGAGAGAAGUGGUCUACAGUUGUGAGCAAUCUCGAAACGAUUGCCAGCAUUCGACACAAACGCGAGUCUAAGGUGGUUUUGGAUCGUCUUAAGGUUGACAAGAAGGUGAAGCUGGCGCAAGCCAAGUUCUUGGUCCGCAAGCACAUCGCCGUCAUCAAAUCUCCUGCAGCCGGCCUCAAGCUGGCAAAGAAAGUCACGAAGAAGGACACAGAGGAAGAGAUGGACGAGGUUGAGCCCAAGAAGCAAGCAGAGCUUCGUACCAAUGCUGAGACGCUCCUGGACGACGAGGAUGACGUUAUAGUUCGUCAACACAAAGCAAAGAAGAGCAGCAAGAAGAACGUCCAGUUCGAGGAUGAUGAUGAAGAAGAAGAAGUCUCAGCACAAGCUGGUGAGAAAAGGAAGAUCUUGGAAAACAUGGAUGUGGAUGAAGAUUCUGAUAACAGGGAGGACGAAGAAGAGGAAAGUGAUGAUGAAUAAAUAUCUAACAAAUUUCGACGUAA